AGGUUAUGAUAAAUGGUUUGCUUUCAUCACUGUGGCUAAAAAUAGGUUUUAAGAGCCUAUUUCCACAUCAUCUACCCCCUACAUGGCCAUCAUUCUGGGGUUGCUUGUACAUAGUUUGCCAACUAGAUUUUCAAUUUGCAUUUAUAUGUUGAAGCAUUUGAACCAAAAUGGAAUACUCAAAACUUGCUGUGAUAACCCUGUUAGACAGAUUUUACAGACAAUGAGUAUAGCAACCUUACUGAAUAUUUCAUUUGCUUCAAGUACUAUCUAGGUCAGAGUGGCAAAUCUGUGAUCCUACAGACUUGAGAACAACUCCCAUCAUCCUUUACCAUGUUUCCAUUCUGCAUGGAUUAAAGAGAAUUGUAUUUCCAACAGCAUUUGGCAAAUUAUAUGUUCCCUGGAUUGAUGCAAGAGGACAAUUCUACAUUACAUACAUUUCUCCCUAUCAUUUCUCCCUAUCAUUGCCUCAAAAUAGACCAUAUGAUACUGUAUGUUUAUGUAUGUGCCUUCAAGUCACCAGUUGGUUAAUGGCAAUCCUAUGAAUUUUCAUAGGAUGUUAAGCAAUGAAUAGUCAAAGGUGGUUUUGCCAGUCCCUUCCUUUGAAAUAGAGCUUAUGGCACCUAGUAUUCACACAUGUAAAGUUGAACCUCUGCAUUCAUAGAUUCGGCAUCCAUGGAUUUAAACAUCCACAGCUUGAAAGUAUUAAAAGAAAAUCCAAAAAGGAAACCUUGAGCUUGCCAUUUUUUAUUAGCAGCACUAUUUUAUUACAUCAUUGUACAAUUUUUUUUAAAUUGUUUUAUUGUAUUGAAAGCAGUAAUUACAUUUCCAAUUAUUCUCAAUAUCUUAUUACUAGCUAAUAUUAUCAAACUAUAAUUUCCUCUGAACCUUCUUCCCUCCACAUUAAAAAGGAGUGGAGAAUCUAUCCUCAUUCUACUUUAAAAUUAGCUAUAAAAGUAAAAUAAAAUAAAACAUCUUCUUACCCAAAGAUAUACACUUCAGUAAAUUAGUUUUCUUCUUGCCACUAUUAAAUAUUAACUCUUUAUUUCUACUAUAGUCCUUUAUAUUAAGUUUAAUUGUCAAAACCCACAAGUAUCUUGCCCGGCUUACAGCCAUUGUUGUCUCUGUAACAGCCUUCCGGGUUGCCUCCGCUGCCUCUUGCAACACAUGGACCUCACUUCAGCAUGGAGCCCUGCCAGAAGUAGAUCAACUGCAUGUGAUGGAGUACAGCGGGCUUCGUGCCCGAAGAGAGGUCUAAGUAAUGUAGGGCAGGCAAUUUUGCCCAUUCAAUGAGGUCGUAAGUCUUCCUGAGGUAUUGUGAUUCACAAUGACAAUCCCAAAUAUCUCUCAAGUUAGUGAAGUGGACUUCUCCACCUAUAUGAUUCCCUGCUACCCAGUCCCCCCAAUAUUAUAUCAUGAUAAUUACAACAACCAUAGUUACAUACAAAUACCAUAGUCCCUCCACAUUUGCAGGGAUUAGAAGUCCAGGAUCCUUGCAAAAAUAAAUAUUGCAAAUUGUAGUAUCACCUAUAAUUAAAGAGGGAACCCCCGGUGGCGCAGUGGGUUAAACCGCUGUGCUGAUGAACUUGCUGUCCGAAAGUUGGUGGUUCGAAUCCAGGGAGCGAGCACCCACUGUUAACCCCAGCUUCUGUCAACCCAGCAGUUCGAAAACAUGAAAAUGUGAGUAGACCAAUAGGUACUGCUCCGGCAAGAAGGUAACAGUGCUCCAUGCAGUCAUGCCAGCCACAUAACCUUGAAGCCGUCUACGGACAACAUGGGCUCUUCAGCUUAGAAAUGGAGAUGAGCACCAACCCCCAGAGUCGGAUACAAUUAGACUUAAUGUCAAGGGGAAACCUUUAUCUUUUAUAAUUAAAGAGAAAGUAUUUUAUGUUUUCUCUAAUGUGAUAUUUAUUCUAUAAUAUAUAGCAAUAUGUCUGUAAUAUAUUAAUAUCAGAUCUGUCAUAAAUCCAGUUGAUUAGUUGGUGGUCCAUUUUCAACACCAAGCUCUUCAAAAUAGAUUUAAAAUUGAGUACUCCCCAACUUCUCUUUUGAUUAAUCUGUUUAAAGAAUUGUCUUGAUUUUGAUUGUCUUGAAUUGAUUUGGCUUUAAGAAACGGCUUGUUUUUGAGUCAUGCUAGCUCUGACACUAAAUUGCUCCCCCCCCCCCCCCACCCUUCCGUAAAGACAAUUUUUCCAACACAGCUCCAAACCAUCUCUCUGUAGCCCUCUGAUUUUACAUCCUGGCCCAUCCUACAGAAGAGAUCGCAAUUGUAAGAGACAGUAUUUCAACUAAGAGGGAUUUGGCUACCAUAAGUGGUUUAAUAUGACUCAAGUGAACAAGACGGAUUAGUUUAUCCUUAAUCUUGAGUUUACUGCACUGCAUGCUGAGCAAGAAAGGGAGAGGCUCACUACUUAAACAAUGGGUAUUCUCCGGUUAAUAUCCAAAAAAUAUCUCUCCAAAUGCUCCUAUUACCCAAAUCAUAUGGGCAAGUUUCCAGCAUGAGCGGAGUCAACCCUAUUGUUGGGCAGAGUGAUACAACAGCCACAGGAAGCAGAUUCUGAGUGUAAGGAAAGGCAAGCAAAUUGUUUGUAAAUUUAUUUUGGCUCUUUCCCCAUGUUGCAUGUUAUUUAAUUAAUUGAUAUGUUUUUGUAGCUAUUCCUAUUAAAACUGCAGCAUCAUGAAGGAUAAAGGAAAACCCUAAUCACAGUGCAACUGCAAUGGUUAUUUUUAUUAGCAUUUAUUUAUUUGAGAUACAAUCAUUAUCCAGUCAUAUGACUUCCUUUCCUUUAUGUAUGAAGUAUGGAGUGUUUCCCAAACAGGAAAUAUGCAUUUUCAAACAGCAUUUUCUGUUUCCCAAUUUUGCACUCAUUAUCUUAGCCAUUUGAUUCACUUUCCUCCAGUUGACAUGGACUGAAAGAGGGGAAUAUAUUCGUAAAUUGGUGUAUUUGAGUUGUGUAGUGGAUUACUAUCAACAUCGUUGCGACUAUUUGUAUCUAUUUGCAGGACCUGUUGAUAGGGAGAAUUUUGCCCCUGCUUUUCCCUGGUUGGUUGUGGAAGAGAGAAGCAUAUGCUAUUUUCUGCUUUACCACAGGCAUCAGAGAUACUUUGGAUUGACCCUAGACCUCUGAGAUCACUAUUGGGGAGCAAAGGGUUACGUACGUAUCUUUACUCCCAGUUGGCCAGAUGCCAAUGGUAAUCACAUGAAGAAUGAUAAUUGGAUAAGUUUGCCCAGUCGUUCAGUGUGCUGGAUACUGAACUCUCCUCCAUCUGUCUCUCGUUCUUUUUCUCUCUCUUUCACAAACGAACACAAACAUACAAGACUCAGGCAGUUAUGUGGCAGUAUAUGCUCCUGCUCUUGUUGGUUCUUCCGAUCCCUGGGUUGGUUUUCUUCUAUCGUCUCCAUGGAAUGGGGAGGAACCCCUUCAGCCAGGGGUCUGUGCAUUCGCCUAAGCCAAUAGUGACGGACCAGGAGGCUCGCAAAAAGAUCCUCAAGAAAGGUUUUUCUGCAGAUAGAGUGCCCUCCAACUUAGAUGCGAUUGUUAUUGGAAGCGGCAUCGGAGGUCUGUCUGUGGCAGCUGUCUUGGCCAAGGCAGGAAAACGGGUUUUGGUGCUAGAGCAGCACAGCAAGGCUGGAGGAUGUUGCCACACCUUUCAGGAGAGAGGCUUUGAGUUUGAUGUUGGCAUCCAUUAUGUGGGGCAAAUGCACAAGAAUGGCAUGCUGAGGGUAAUCAUGGACCAGCUCACCAAUGGGCAGCUCGACUGGGUUCAGUUGGAGGAUCCCUAUGAUAUCAUAACCAUUGGGGACAAGGAUUAUACACUUUUCUGUGGCAAAAAGGCUUUUGGUGAGGAGUUGGAGAGGCAGUUCCCAGAAGAGAAAGAGGGCAUCCAAGAGUUCAUAAGGUUAGCAAAGGUAGUAUCGAAGCAUGUGGCUCUGCUGGCUGUUCUGAAAAUGAUACCCUCAUGGUUGUCUACGUUCCUGAUCCGAUGUGGCCUCAUUCACUGGAUCUCUCCUGUUUUCAGAUUGGCAUGUUCCAGCCACAGCAAAAUGGCCACCCAGUUGACCUCCAAUCAGGAACUGCUAACUAUCUUCAGCUACUUCUUCUAUGGAGUUCCUCCCAAAGACUCAAGUUUCUUGAUUAAUCUCCUCAUGAUCCAUCACUACAAGCGUGGAGCAUGGUAUCCAAAAGGGGGAUCUAGUGAAAUUCCUUUCCACAUGAUACCCGUCAUUGAACAAUCAGGAGGUGCUGUGCUAACCAGGGCCCGUGUGCUUCAAAUCUUACUCUCUGAAAGUGGCACUGCAAUUGGAGUGAGUGUUCAGAAAGGACAGAAUGGAGAGGUGAAGGUUUAUGCUCCUUUGGUGAUCUCAGAUGCUGGCAUUUACAAUACCUUGGAGAAAAUGCUGCCUCCUCAGAUCAGAAGCAAACCAGAGAUUCAGUCCCAACUUGGCAUGAUCAGGCCUGGGAUGGGCUCCUUCCUAGUCUUUGUGGGUCUUCGAGGAAGCAAAGAAGAGCUUGGUCUCAAGUCAACCAACUACUGGAUUUACCAACACAAUAAUCUAGACAGUCUGAUGACAAAGUAUUUUGCCCUACCUAGAGAAGAAGUGAGCACCAACCUUCCUAUGAUGUUCAUCACCUUCCCAUCAGCCAAGGAUCCCACAUAUGAAGACAGGCACCCUGGACACUCUUGCAUGACCAUUCUCACCAUGGCCAACUAUGAGUGGUUUCAGGAGUGGUCUGAAUGUCGCGUGAAGAACAGGGGAGCCGAUUAUGAUGCCCUGAAGAUGGAGAUUGCCCAGAACCUCCUAGAUUUGGCUUUGGAAAAGUUUCCUCAGCUCAGAGACAAGGUAGACUAUAUGGAAGCUGCUUCUCCUCUCAGCAAUCAAUAUUAUCUAGCUGCUCCUGUGGGUGAAAUGUAUGGUGCAGAGCACAAUAUAGAUCGGUUCGAACCACAGGUUGUGGCUGCCAUGAGAGCACAGACUCCCAUUCCAAAUCUCUACUUGACAGGUCAAGAUGUCUUCUGCUGUGGCCUUGCAGGGGCCUUACAUGGAGGCCUGAUUUGUGCCUCAGCUAUACUUCGACGCAUUGUUUACAUAGACCUGCUGCGACUGAAGAAGAAACUAAAGAAACAAGAUCAGAAGAAAGGGGACUAAUCCAGCCAGCCACUGUCACUCUCUCUACAUGAAAGCUGUAGUAGUAUGGAUAAAUGAAUAUAAAAUGAGCUUUGCUGGAUCAAGCCAAAGAUCCAACUGGUUCAGCAUCCAUUCAAACAGUAGGUGAGCCGAUUUCCUCCAUAGAUCCAAUAGCAAACCAAGAGGAGAGCAAACAGUUCCUCUUCUGAUCCCAAUGCCUAGCAUUUAGCAGAAGAAAGUUGCCUCUAUCUUGGACAUCGUGUGUGGUAGGAAUAAAUCUUCCUAAACAUUUUUAAAGGCAUGAACAAUUUUUCAAACUUCUUGUCCUUGUCAAAACCUGCAGUUUUCAAAGACUGUUUGCAAGUCAAGUCUUAUUCUGUUCCAAAACUAAAAUGAAAUACGAUUUUAAAAUGCAUGUGGCUCUUUUCCACAAUAAAUAUUUCAUUUAAAGAAAAUAUGGUACUUACAUGGAAAACAGAAUUUUCUCCACAGAAAAUAAAAAUUCUUUGCAAAAGUAACAUUUCUGUGAAGAAAAUGCUCUUUUCUGUGUAGGGAAGCUUGCUUCAGUGGAAAAAUAGUAUUUUUGGCACAGAAAAACAUUUUUGUACCAAAAUAUAAAUUUCCUCCUUGCAAAGAAUAUAUCUGGAACUGUAAAAAUUCUUGAUUGGAUAAGAUUCUCCUUGUUUAUUUUCCCCAAUAUUCUAGACUAUUAUUUUUUUCAAUAUUUUUGAAUAUUUUUCUUAUCACUAGUAUGUAGUCAUUAUGUGAGUGAGUCAUCAUUGCUGGUCAUGGAAAGAGACCUUCUGUGACUUCGUCUAAUAUUCUUUUAAAGUCAUCUGAGUUGGUGUCAUUAUCUCAUUAUCUUGGUGCAGGGACGUUCUAUAGUUUAACUGUGCAGUUCUGUCAACCAAGCUGCUGGAAGCUGACAGCAGUGGCACUGGAGAGAAAAAAGAAAAGAAAAACAAUUUCCUUUCCACAAUGUGGGGAGAAAACAGCCUGCCCUCCCUCCUGGCAGGGCUUUAUGGUGCUAGAGGGGCUGCUCCUAUAACAGGGAGUGCUACCAUUGGUACUGUGGGGUUCAUCUAGCAAUAGUCAGGUCUGCAAAAUCAGUAGUCUUUAGCAAAUCCCAGCAACACUGGUUCAGCUCCAAGGAUAGUGGUACAGUCCUCAAUUCUGGAGUAGAGUCCAUUGCUGAUCUGCAUUUUGCAAAAUGCACAUAGACUACACCCUCAAUAUAGGCACAGGAAUGUUGCUAGAUACCCAUUUAUUUGGAUACUCAGUGCCAUUUCUUCUGUCUGUAGCAAUCCUGGGUUGCAGAACAGUUAUCUGCUGGUGCGCUUUCUGGAAAACCUGGCAUUCUUGCAGUGGCAUAACUAUGAUUGAUUUCGCCAGGGUAGUACCCCAGAUUGCUAGUCAAUGUGGACUGCCUAAAAGCUGCUGCCAGAGUUGACAAUAUUAGGUUAGAUUGACAAAAGAUGUGAUUUAGUGUCAGGCAUCUAUCUGUGUUCCUACGUAAUGUGUUACUUCCAAGUUCUGGGAAAAUUAAAGUGGAAGAUCCUGGCCUUUAAUUAAGUUCUUCUACCAAUAUCAGGUGCCCCUGGUAGCACAGUGUGUUAAAGCGCUGAGCUGCUGAACUUGCAAACCAAAAGGUCCCAGGUUCAAAUCCCGGGAGCGGAAUGAGCGCCCGCUGUUAGCCCAACUCCUGCCAACCUAGCAGUUUGAAAAAAAUGCAAAUGUGAGUAGAUCAAUAGGUACCAUUCCAGCGGGAUGGUAACGGCGCUCCAUGCAAUCAUGCCAGCCACAUGACCUUGGAGAUGUCUAUGGACAACGCCGGCUCUUCGGCCUAGAAAUGGAGAUGAGCACCAACCCCCAGAGUCGGUCACGACUGGACUUAACAUCAGGGGAAACCUUUAUCUUUACCUCACCAAUAUCAGAUUAAACCGAAAGAGGGGGUAUAGGAGCUCCCCUUGUCAGGUGCUCGCUCUAACUUCGAGUUACUCCUUUCCCUGGGUUGUUAUCUAUAUAUAUAAAAGAGUGAUGGCAUCACGGCAAUUCACAAAACAACAAAAGUACAGGCCCCCCAACCUCAAAAUUUGACAACACAACCCAUCAUCCAUGCCUCAAGGUUGAUACAACAAAAAGAAAAGAAAAAUAAAGUCCUAAUUAGAGGGAGAGCAAUAAUUUUUUUUAUCCAAUUGCUGCCAGUUUAGAGGGCUAAUCUCUGCCCACUUGGUUGCCUAGCAACCAAGGGACAGCCAGGUUUCAGUUAGGGGACAGGCAGAUUUAGGCCUCACUUAGACUUCUUCCACAGAUUAUCUAAUUUGCACUGGAUUAUAUGGCAGUGCAGACUCAAGGCCCUUCCACACAGCUAUAUAACCCAUUUAUAAUCUUAUAUUAUCUGCUUUGCACUGGAUUAUCUUGACUCCACACUACCAUAUAAUCCACUUCAGUGUGCAUUUUAUACAGCUGUGAAGAAGGGGCCUCAUAUAAUCCAGUUCUAAGCAGAUAAUUUAAGAUUAUCAAUAUACAGUAGAGUCUCACUUAUCCAACGUAAACAGGCCGGCAGGAUAAGUGAAUAUGUUGGAUAAUAAGAAGGGAUUCAGGAAAAGCCAAUUAAACAUCAAAUUGGGUAAUCGUUAUACAAAUUAAGCACCAAAACAUCAUAUUAUACAACAAAUUUGACAGAAAAAGUAGUUCCAUGCGCAGUAAUGCUAUGUAGUAUUUACAGUAGAGUCUCACUUAUCCAACACUCGCUUAUCCAAUGUUCUGGAUUAUCCAACGCAUUUUUGUAGUCAAUGCUUUCAAUAUAUCGUGAUAUUUUGGUGCUAAAUUCAUAAAUACAGUAAUUACUAUAUAGCAUUACUGUGUACUGAACUACUUUUUCUGACAAAUUUGUUGUCUAACAUGAUGUUUUGGUGCUUAAUUUGUAAAAUCAUAACUUAAUUUGAUGUUUAAUAGGGUUAUCCUUAAUUCAUCAUUAUCCAACAUAUUCGCUUAUCCAACGUUCUGCCGGCCCGUUUAUGUUGGAUAAGUGAGACUCUACUGUACUGUAUUUACAAAUUUACCACUAAAAUAUCACAAUGAAUUUAAAACACUGACUACAAAAACAUUGAUUAUGAAAAGGCAGACUGCAUUGGAUAAUCCAGAACAUUGUAUAAGCGAAUGUUGGAUAAGUGAGAUUCUUCUUUAAUAUGAAAUAAUUACUGGGAUAGAAUAAUGCAGAACAAUAUAAUCUCUAAAACCAGGACAGUAAAUAAACAGGGGAAUUCCACACAGGAAACAAUCGGGGCCAGCUAACACCUUCCAACAAAGUAUUCCCAUCAUCAAAGUCUGGCAAAUCCUGUUUUCUCAGGGCCACAGACAGUAGAAGCACAUAAAAUAUCGCAAACAACACCACUCUGAAAACAAGGGAAUUCCAGACAGGAAACAAUCAGGGCCAGCUAACACCUCCCAACAAAGUAUUCCCAUCAUCAAAGUCUGGAAAAUCCUCUGUUUUCUCAGGGCCACAGACAGUAGAAGCACAUAAAAUAUCGCAAACAACACCACUCUGAAAACAAGGGAAUUCCAGACAGGAAACAAUCAGGGCCAGUUAACACCUCCCAACAAAAAAUUCACUCAGGGAGGAAACAGCCAGGCUUUAAAGCUGCAAGGCCAUUACAUCCUAAUCAUUUUUCCUAAUUGCAGCAUUCAUACUUGCCUCCAACAAACAAAAAAAACCAAUCAGAAAUAUUGUAUAUUCACAACCUUUAGGAAAUAAUAUCCCCUGAUGGCGCAGCGUGUUAAAGCGCUGAGCUGCUGAACUUCUGGACCGAAAGGCCACAGGUUUGAAUUGGGGGAGCGGAGAGAGCCCCCACUGUUAGCCCCAGCUUCUGCCAACCCAGAAGUUCGAAAACAUGCAAAUGUGAGUGCAUCAAUAGGUACUGCUCCGGCAGGAAGGUAACGCCGCUCCAUGUAGUCAUCCCACAUGACCUUGGAGGAGUCUACGGACAACGCCGGCUCUUCGGCUUAGAAAUGGAGAUGAGCACCAACCUCCAGAGUCAGACACGACUGGACUUAAUGUCUGGGGAAAACCUUUACCCUUGACCUUAACUACCACCAAUUCCUCAAUACUUUAUUUCCCAUACCACCAGACUUCGCCACAGCAACGCGUGGCCGGGCACAGCUUGUAUUCUAUAAUUAUUGUGAGAAUGGACGGUGGCCAGAUGUUCUUUUGAUUUUCCCAGGACUUUGGGAGAGAGAUUAUAUGCACUGUUUUGAUCUGAUGACUCAAUCUGUUUGUUUUCCCCAUCCUCCACUGUUCUGUUCUAUAGGCUAUUUUUUAUGUACCAAUAGACGACAGUAGCUAGCUGGUAGCUUUCAUGAUAGUGAAGUAGUAUAUCCACUCCAGUCCCAGUCUGAACUUUUGUCUGAAACUACAAUAGAGUCUUGCUUAUCCAACCUUUGCUUAUCCAACAUAGUCUGCCUUUUAGUAGUCAAUGUUUUUAUAGUCAAUGAUUUCAAUACAUUGUGAUGUUUUGGUGCUAAAUUCAUAAAUACAGUAAUUACUACAUAAUGAUACCAUGUACUGAACUGUUUUUUCUGUUGAUUUGAUGUAAAACAUGAUGCUUUGGUGCUUAAUCUGUAAAAUCAUACUGUAAUUUGACGUUUAAUAGGCUUUUCCUUAAUCCCUCCUUAUUAUUUAACAUUUUUGCUUAUCCAAGGUUCUACCGGCCCAUUUAUGUUGGAUAAGUGAGACACUACUGUAAUCCAAAAAUGAGUUCAGCACCUUGGAUAGCUCUGUUGAAAUUUGGAUGAUUUCAUAAUGCAGAUUCACCAGCCUCCACUGCUGAUAAUGUUUCUACUCUUGUAGUUAUGUCAGCCAGUUUAGAAGGUUUCUAAGUUUGCUGUCUGCAAAGUGAACUAUAAAUCUCUUAAAUAAAAAAAAUUGUAUGUAUGUAUGUUGUGUUUUGAUAGUUAAAUAUUAUGGUCAUUACAAUUGCAAGAACUCUUGGAAGGGAAUGUCUCCUUUUACAGAUGGGCAACUGAACCUUGGAAAUGGAGGCUCACCACUGGGCACAUGAUUGCUGCCUAUGGAACUUGAACUCUGGCCUUGAAACCUUGCUGGACUAUGAAUUAGAUUCUUUUUCGUUCUUUUGUUUUGUGCUGUUUUCCUAAACAGGUCUGAAAUGCACCUCCACUUCUUGAGUAUCUCAUUUAUAAAAGAGGUGAGCAACUCAAAGACAUUCCAGAUGUCAUGGUUCAAGAUGUUCUAAUGGACCUCAUGAUCAUGGUGAAUUUUGAUGCUCCUUCUAAAUUAAAAUAUUUGUAAUUUUGGUGUUUUAA